AUGGGGCUGCCUCGGAGGGCAGGGGACCCGGCGGAGCUGCGCAAGAGCCUGAAGCCGCUGCUGGAGAAGCGGCGCCGCGCGCGCAUCAACGAGAGCCUGAGCCAGCUCAAGGGGCUCAUCCUGCCGCUGCUGGGCAGGGAGAGCUCCCGCUACUCUAAACUGGAGAAAGCGGACAUCCUGGAAAUGACCGUGCGCUUCCUGCAGGAGCUGCCUGCGUCCUCCGGCCCGACGACGGCGCCCACACCCUCCGACAGUUACCUCGAGGGCUACCGAGCGUGCCUGGCGCGCCUGGCUCGCGUGCUACCCACCUGCCGCGUCCUGGAGCCUGCCGUGAGCGCUCGCCUGCUGGAACACCUGCGCCGGAGGGCGGCCAGCGCCACCCCCGACGGCGGGCGCUCUGGGGACCCCUGCGGCCCGCCAGCGCCCUCCCCGCCGCCCGCCCCCGUGCCCUCACCACCCGAACCUCCCCGGAAUCCGGGUCUCUGGAGGCCCUGGUAGCCCCCAGGGCCGUUCUACGGACCCUGCUGACUGCGCGGGAUCAGGAGUGCUGGACAGACUCAGGAAGCUCUUGGAGGCGGCUCCCGUUCCCACCACGACGGACAAGCCUGGUACUUACAACCGGGGCAGAUCCGGAUGUCUGUGAUCUGUGCUGGCAGACAAGUCCACCGGGACUCAGAAAAUAAGGGGAGAGGCCCAGGUUCAGCCCCAGCUUGGGAUGUCUGGGCUAGAAAAAACCUCCUGCCUCAGCGGGUGGAAGGGCUCGGGAGCUGGGCCAGUCACAGCUGCCCCCGAAGCCCACACACCUGCCCCUGCGCUGGCAGCAGCCCAGGGGCUGGGCCAGGAGCUCACCUGAGCCAGGUGCAGCCAUCUGCUCUGACUGGUCACUGCUCUCCCAGCCCCGCAUGAGUCUGCCUCCUCUCCAGCUCAUCCUGGGAACCUCUGGGCAGAUGGCAGCAGUUGCCUGAAGGGCUCUGCAGGUGGGGGAGACUUGACCUCCACUCCUGGCUUCCUGCCUAAAGCUUCCAGUUAAUUAUAGGGACAGGAUGCCACCAGGGCUGUGUGCCUAGAGGUGGGGGCUUCCUUAGGUAGGCUCAGGAAGGAUUUAUUCCCUCAAGCACUAAGUUAACACCUGUGCACCGCACACCAAGCCCCAUGGUCUUGGGGUGUGAAGAGGGAUGCUACAAGAGUGAGGAUGCCCUGUGGCCUGGAGGAAGCUUGCUGCCUUGAAGGGCCGGGCCUGGGGCCCAGCACAGAGCUGGUGCUGAUGAGGUUAGCCUGGGGCAGCAGAAACUCAGAGGAUGACAUGGCAGGUUGAGGAACAGGAGUCCACUUUUCUCAUUUUCUCUUUUGAACUGCUCUCUGCUACUGUCAGGACAGAUAAGUGGAAGCAACUUGUUCUGAAGACUUUUCUUGCUUCCCCAUGGAAGCCAGAGAGACUUUGAAGGUCUGGAGGGGAGGGGGAGCUGUGGAUCCCAGCAGUGGGUGCCAGGUAAUCACCUGUUUCCGCCCCUCCCCCCCACUCAGUCAUGUUCCCAGCGUCUCCUGGGGCUUCACGGAGCAUUUAUGGGAGAUGGGCAGUCCUCCCUCCCCAUCCCCAGUCCAACAAGCCUGUGUGAGGGACUGGGGCACUGGGGGCAAGAAGAUAGAGCUGAUGGGGGGGUCAUUAAAUUGAGCUAUAUGCCACAGAAAUCCGUGAUGACCUAGACACUGACUCCAGUGGCAGGUUUUGGGGAGGCUGCGGGCAUCAUUGAAGAAGUCAAUGUUAAGACAGGAGGGUGAGCUCCUGGCAAGGUGGGCCAUCCUACCACCUGUCUGGGGCAGCUGGCUGGACUGUAUGCUCCUGGAGGGCAGGGCUGAGGCCAAGUGUACCUCUUUGUCCCCAGGGAACUUGGCACAUGGCGGGUGCUCAAUAAACAUCAUGAGCUAAUAAACA